ACCGUGCAAACUUUCUCUCUUCAGCAUUUCUUCAAACUCCUACCGCGCAAUCUCUCUCUGUAUAGAUCCCCUCCAAACACUUGGAGAAAGAGAAGGAGAUUCUUGGAAAACCUCAUCUAAAAUCAAUGGCUCGGAGCCGAUCCUCCACGAAUCAAUUUCGGUACCUCCAGCUAUCGUAUUAUUUGAAGCGGCCCAAACGCUUGGCGCUCCUCUUAUUCUCCUUUGUUGUAGUGACAUUCGUUGUCUGGGAUCGCCAGACUCUAGCUAGAGAGCAUGAGUUGCAUAAGUUAAAGAACUAUUUGGGUGAUGCGAGUGAAGACAUCCACUUCAGUGAGCCCACCAAGAAAAAUCUUGUUGCUGAUGAUCCUAUUGACAUCGAACGGAGAGACAAAGUAAAAGAAGCUAUGCUUCAUGCAUGGACCUCUUAUGAGAGAUAUGCGUGGGGUCAAGAUGAACUUCAGGUUUUUCGCCACAACAAAUAUGUUCCAUAUUUUUCUUGCCAGCCACAAACAAAGAAUGGAAUUGACAGCUUCGGGGGUCUUGGAGCAACCAUAGUAGAUUCUCUUGACACUUUAUAUAUAAUGGGUCUAGACGAUCAGUUCCAAAAAGCUAAAGAGUGGGUUGCAAAGUCAUUGGAUUUCAACAAGGAUUAUGAAGCUAGCGUUUUUGAGACAACCAUAAGAGUUGCUGGCGGGCUUCUAAGUGCAUAUGAUCUCUCGGAGGAUAAAGUAUUUCUUGAGAAGGCUAAAGAAAUUGUGGAUAGAUUGCUGCCCGCAUGGGAUUCACCUUCAGGCAUUCCUUAUAAUAGGAUUAACUUGGCACAUGGCAAUCCACAUAAUCCUUCAUGGACAGGGAGGAACAGCAUCCUAGCAGAUUCUGGCACUGAGCAGCUGGAAUUUAUUGCUCUAUCUCAAAGGACAGGAGACUCCAAGUAUCAGCAGAAGGCAGAGAAUGUCAUCACACAACUUCAAAAAACCUUCCCUAGUGAUGGUUUGCUCCCAAUCUAUAUUAAUCCUGACACAGGGGGAAGCUCAUACUCAGCAAUUACAUUUGGUGCCAUGGGUGAUAGCUUUUAUGAAUACUUGAUUAAAGCAUGGAUACAAGGAAACAAAACUGAAUCUGUGAAGCACUACAGAGAAAUGUGGGAAACAUCAAUGCAAGGUCUGGUGAGCUUGGUCCGGAAAACCACGCCAUCCUCUUUCUCAUACAUUUGCGAGAAAAAUGGUGAUUCUCUGUCUCACAAGAUGGAUGAAUUAGCAUGCUUUGUUCCAGGGAUGCUGGCUCUAGGAUCAUUUGGCUAUGACUCUGAAAAUUCUGAGAAAUUCCUAUCGCUUGCAAAAGAGCUUGCAUGGACUUGUUACAAUUUCUAUCAGUCGACUCCAACAAAAUUGGCAGGAGAAAACUAUUACUUCCAUGAUGGACAGGAUAUGAAUGUUGGUACUUCAUGGAACAUACUUAGACCAGAGACAGUCGAAUCACUCAUGUACCUUUGGCGUUUCACCGGAAACAAAACAUACCAGGAAUGGGGUUGGAACAUAUUCCAAGCAUUCGAAAAGAACUCUCGAAUAGAUUCGGGUUAUGUUGGACUGAAGGACGUUAAUACAGGUGUAAAGGACAAUACCAUGCAAAGCUUCUUUCUUGCAGAGACACUUAAGUAUCUUUAUCUCCUAUUCUCUCCUCCCUCAUUCAUCUCUUUCGAUGAAUGGGUCUUCAAUACAGAGGCCCACCCGCUCAGAAUCGUUCCUCGACAUCACCAGAGGGAGACUAUCAGAUGAACUGAGGAAGCUUCCAUCCUGGCACUUUGGCAGGAAAGAAGUUGCUAAGGACUACAUCAGGCAUCGUCCACCAGUCUAAAUUUUUGAUUGUCAAAUAUUUCUUUGAUUCUUACUUUGCAGGCUUCAGUCAGUUUAAAGAACCGAAGCCUUCAGUAACAUUUGUUGCUUCAAUAGAUGGCAUUUGAGUCACGGAGAUCAUGGCCAUUCGAGUUCUUGGAUGUGAAGGAAUUGUAAUAUAGAUUGAAGCUGCCGGGUUAUGUUAUUAUUGAUUUUUCAAUCAUUUCAUUUCUCUUG